GCUCUAGUCAAGACGCGGGGUAAUAUAUUGAUUUGAAUGUGUCUCGAUGACUAACCAGUAUACUGGAUUUAAGGUUGAGUUGACGUCAUCUCAGCUUGGGAAAAUUGUUGGUGUUGUCUCAAAUGUUAGCGAAAAUAAGAUCAGCCUUACCAAUGCAGUGAUCAACAAUUAUCCUCCUACUAUCCCUUCGUUUGCUGUCGAGAGUAGAUUCAUCCAAAAUAUUCGCAUCCUUUCAACUGCAAGUGACGGUGAAUCCUCAGGUAGUGAUACACCGGUUAAAUGCCCAAAUAAGUCCUCUAAUUCUUCACGCGAACAACGUCGAGAAUGGUUAAGAAACAUUCCCAACGCUUGCAGUGUUUAUGUAUGUCCUGACUCACCGCCUAUCAUUCAUAAGACAGCUGGUGCGCCAGGAUCUGGUAGUAACAUUAAUGAUAUUAAUAACGGUUUUGGACACUCAAACGAUUUACAACUGUUAGACAAUGCAUUGGGGAAAGCUUCCAUUCGCGAACCAAAUGACUUAAGUCCAGCUCGUAAGUAUGGUGUUAAUAACCACCGUCAUUCCAAACGCCGCAGUUACUCAAGUAAGUCAGGUUUUUGAGAUUGAUUACCUUCUGCUUUGUCAAAACUGGCAGUUUUUCAAAUAUGUGAUACCUUUUGAAGAAUUCACCCCAAUAUCGAGUCCUGUGGUCAUCUGAGUAAUGCAAAGUUUAGUUUUCUUAGCGAAAUAAGAUCAGUUAGAAAACCACUGAUCGUUGAAGAGAACUAGUUAGCUAUUCUAUCUUAAUUUGAGACUCCUCAACAGUGCUACCCUCACUACUAGAUUGCCUUUAGGUUAUUGAGUUGGAAUCCAGCGAUCUGGAUUUCACACACUAGUCAGUUGGGGAUACAGAGCGACCGUCAUUUAACGUCAUCAGUGAUAAUUUUCUCACUCUUUAUGGUUGAACUUCACUGGUCAUGUGUUCGAUCUCCUCCAGGUUUCUAAUAAACCACGAAAUGAGACAAAAAUUUGUUAAGUAGUACUUCUUGGUUUUCGGUGGUUUCCCAGAUGACUUCAGUUCAUGAUAAAAACUCCACAUGCUAUGUCAACUAAUAAUGCUUACAGUUUUCCAAGUCAUUUCAAUUAUUGAUACUAAAUUUCUAACAAUUUGUGCUCCUAGGCCUUUAGCCAUACAUCUGCUCCGCAAAUGAGUAACAUUAUCAGUCAGUUAGUCAUAUGCAACAUAGAACCUGGCCCAUAUAUACAUUGGUUCAAAUAGUCAUACUCCAUUAGUAUGAUAUGAAAUUGUCGGAGCGAAUCCCAGGGUAUUAAAAGUAAUAUCAGUAUGAGAAAAGAUUAGGCAUCGAAGAUACUAUUCGACAAGAAAAUGUAAAUCAGUGAAAUAGAAAAUUCCAGGUCUAAGGAAAAACACAGUGAAUGCACUAGCGCCAUUGCAAACUAUUCCGACAUGUUACCCAAAGUCACUAACUUUUAAUUACGAUAAUUACGCUAAUCCCGACCAGGUUGUCUUGAUCUGCUUACAUGGCGUAGUACAUUAGUAAUGGUAUACAUGUUAGUGCCGGGUCCUACGUUGUUGCUAAGAAAAAACAUGUUAGUCUUCGGUUGUAUUCGUAUCGUGCAUCAUUCUUCAAUUCAAAACACUGAAACCAUUAUUAGCUUAAUAUCACUGUUUGUCUAUAAUCACAAAACUAAGACGAAACCCGGUCACAGUAAUUUCGUCUGAGCUAUUAGGAGGAAAUCAAUGAUUCUAUCAAACAGUAUGAAAUAGCUAUCAAAAAAUAAUGUGCACUAUAAAUAAAUAUCUCAGUUUAUACAAUUAUCAAAUAUUUAAAGGACUAUUGCUAUUAUAAUUCAAAAUAUAGCUCAGUACUUAUGUAAAAUACCAUUAUUUUAUUAUGAUUGGUUAAUUUCCCACUUUAAAAAAAUCUAUACCUAGCGUCAGAAACAACUGGCGCGACAAGUGAUAUAUCUGGUGCCGAAAGUGAUUCGUUCCAUCGUCAUACGAAUUCAGGAUCAAGAGGUCAGUUCAACUGUGGAGGCAGUGGCAGUACUAAUCGACAUGCUCAAAAUCGCGGUCAUCCACGUGAUAAUAACAAUAAUAAUAGUCACAAUCAUCGGAAUGGAGGGAACACUGGACUAAAUGGAGGUGGUAGCGGCGGUCAAAGAAAUUUAGCAGAUUGGGAUCGGAUCUGUGUUGAAGAAUUUAUCGAUGAAGAUUUUGAUUUUGAAGGAAACUUAGCCUUAUUUAAUAAGAGUGCAUUCUAUGAAAUGGUUGAUUCACGCGAAGGUCAUUCAAUAACGAAUACUUCUGACAUGAAUAAUUCUUCCGUUUCUUCUUCUCUACCACAUUUCAUUGAAGGUCCAGAUGGUGUUGGAAUUCCGCUAUUCACUACUCCAACUCAAUCAUCUAAUUUAAUAACAACUAUGACAGCUUCAACUAGAACAACACUGACUAUCACAUCCUCUGGUAGUCAUUAUGAAGAUAAGCAUAAAAUAAACAAUACACAAAUAACUACUUCUAAUAAUAAAUCUAUUAAUCAACAUAAUUCUACUAGUUCAGUAGUAGCUACAUCGUCACCAUCAUCACCACCACUAGCAGCAGCAGUAACAGUUCAUUCAGAAGGUAGUAAUUUCAAUGUUAAUGUUAAUAAUAAACAAUAUUAUAUAAAUUCUAUAAAACAACGUAAUAAUCAAUACUGGUAUACAUGUACAGGACAACGUGUACCAAUAUUUCCAUUAGAACAACGUCAACGUUUAUUUAAUUAUUUAACUACAGGAUUAAAUUUAGAUACUCAAAUAAGUAAUAAAUUUCAUGGUAUUACAUGGGGUCGAUUUAUUGAAUCUGCUACUCGUCCUCUAAUUGAUAAUAUUAUGAUACAUUUACGUCAAUUAAAUAGAACACCUCAAAGGAUUAUUCAUAGACCUCCGGCUCGCAUUCUAAUCAUAUCAAAUGGAUCUAAUCAUUUAGGUGCAGUAUUGUCGUUGAAUAUAGCUCGAUAUUUAUCUACACUUGGAGCUUGUGUUCUAUUAGUCACUCCAUCUAUGUAUUGUGCUAAAACUAAUAAUAAUAAUUCAGUGAAUGACACUACUACUGCUACUUCCGAAGAUGUUAGUGAUGAAUAUCCUACUGAUAAUUCCAUAAUGUCUACUAUCUAUCGACAGGAAUUACACUUACUUAUGAAUUUAGCACCAAAACCAAAUCAGUAUGGACUAGAUGAUCUUGAUGAUGAAGAAGAUGAUGAAUUAGACCAAUACAGUGAUGAUGGGUGGGGAACAGAUAACGAAAAUAAUCAUGAUGAUAAUAAGAAUAAUAAACAAAUACCUGGACUCUUUACAUUUAAUAAUAAUGAUAAUGGGAGUCAUACAAUUGAUGAUAAUAGUAUCAGUAUUGGUUCAUCUUCUGCGAAUAUUCGUGAACAUAAUGAUGUUGACUUUGAUAAUAUGAGUUGUCUCAAUUAUUCCGAUAUCAGUAGUAUUGUCGAUCAUAGUUCAGUUGGGCGUAUAUGGAUGAGUCGUAUGCCUGGACUGAAAAUUAUACGUCGUCCAAAUUCUGUUACCAAACUGCCAAGUAGUAUACGCAUUGACCUAGUGAUAAUUGGUCAUUCAGAUGACAGUAAUACUGUAAAUAAAGACAACUCAUCAUUAUCAUCAAAUACAAAUUUAUUGUUUAAUUGGUUGCGCAAUCACAAUUCCAUUGGUGGCAUUAUUCAUUUAACACCUUCCCAGUCCAUUGUUGAUUCUAAUAUUCUGUUAAGAAAUGCUCAACACUUUGUUUGGGUGACUGAAUUGGGCUUACCAAUACUGACACCACAAGGUCAUUUAACGUCAUCAUCUUCAACAACAACGCCUACAGUGUCUAUCCCUCCAACUGAAGCCACAUUGAAUAGUAGUGGUACAUCAACCAAUACAACCACUUCAUUAACUCACUUGUUAAUUGAUGUUGGACUUGGUCGAAAUAUUGUCCGGAAAUUAACUGGUGAUUUAAAUCUCCUACCACCAUAUGGUCUAUUCGAUCUGGGUUCCAUGAUUCCUUUACGACCAGAACAACUGAACUCAGUACAGCAACAACAACAAAUAUCACGAUAAUCUCUUUGAUUUAAACGUUGUGUGGGCACAAAUCGUUCACAUUUUGUAAUUAAUUUUCAUGAAAGAAGAUCUAGUUGACUUUUUGUUUUUUAUUCUGCCUCGAUAUUUUGUAUAUAACAGUUGAAAUGUUUCUAUCAUUUACUUGAUCACAUAGUCUUUUAAUUUCUUCUCCACUCUAGUUGUUCUGUUUUCUAAUUGAGAAUAUAUACACUAGGAUAGCCUAGUGUAUUUUGAUUUCGUUUCAAUGUAUGUUUUUGACUUCGUUGUCAUGUUUUUUAUUGUAUUCAUCUACAGUUUCCUUGUUAUCUCACUUAAUAGUCUAUGUGAUUUGUUCUUUCUUGUUCAGUAAGUCAUAGAUAGCAUGACGUUAUUCUGUGGAAAUAUAAAAAAUGAUUAGUUAUGUAU